AUGGCGUCUGGGCCUGCGACUCAAUCGUUGAAGUGUGUGGUGACCGGUGAUGGUGCUGUCGGCAAGACAUGUCUCCUGAUAUCAUACACCACCAAUGCCUUUCCCGGCGAAUACAUUCCCACCGUAUUCGACAACUACUCCGCUAGUGUCAUGGUCGACGGCAGGCCCAUCAGCCUCGGACUCUGGGAUACAGCUGGUCAAGAGGAUUAUGACCGUCUCCGCCCCUUAUCCUACCCUCAAACCGACGUCUUCUUGAUCUGCUUCUCUAUCGUCUCUCCACCAUCCUUUGACAACGUAAAAGCCAAGUGGUUUCCCGAAAUCGAGCACCAUGCACCCGGCGUGCCCAUCAUUCUUGUCGGCACAAAGCUUGAUUUGAGAGAAGAUAGAGCUACCGCUGAGGCGCUGCGAGCCAAAAAGAUGGAGCCGGUGUCGUAUGAGCAGGCGCUUGCAGUUGCAAAGGAGAUUAGGGCGCAUAAGUAUCUGGAGUGUUCGGCCUUGACCCAGAGGAAUUUGAAGAGCGUGUUUGAUGAAGCUAUUCGGGCCGUCCUCAAUCCUCGCCCUCAACCCAAGAACAAGGCAAAACGAUGCACUAUUCUGUAA